UUCAUAUAAAUUAAAUCUCACACACAAGCAUUUCUCUAAUUCAGGGAGAAAUUAUAGUCGCGGGGUUAACAAUUAAGCUCAUUGAGACAACGGAGAGAGGAAAAUGGCGAGCGGGAGAGCAGUAGAAGUACUUCGAGCCUAUAGAUCAGUGCUGAAGGCCACUCGGAAAACCUUCGCCGGCGACGGUUUCAUGCUCCAAAAAUCCGCCGCCGAGGUCAGAAAUAAGUUCGCGGAGAAUCGUCACGUGACAUCGGAGGCCGAAAUUCAGCGGCUGUUGGAUGACGCACGUGAUGCCUCUGAGUUCAUCUCCACCAUGAUCGUCCAAGCUAAAUCUAGCCCCUCUGGUGCUUUCGUGGUGAAGCCUGAGAAAGAACAUGCCGGGGCAACGCUCGAGAUUCCUUCUGAAGAGAUCCUGAAGAAGUCUGUUUGAGCAUAUUAAGGGAGGAAGAUAAGAGCAUUUAGACUGGCGUGGCAUUUUAUCUUUCAUAAACCGUGGGUUUGUUGUUGAGGUUCUUCACUUGGAAGUUUCUUCGAGGUUCUGCUUUCUUUAAGGUCUUCGAAUAUCAGUUUUUUUCCAUCUUUGUUACAUUUAGGCCAUAAUUGUUGGAUAUUGCAUAUAUCUCUAUCUCUCUCUUGUAUCGCCACAACUUCAGAAAGCAAGCAGAUGUCCAACUUUGUUUAAACAUGGUUAUUGGGAUAAAUGAUAUGAAGUUUGCAUGGCUAACUAUGAGCU